CUUCCAAAAAUACUUAAGGAUUUGCAAAGACUCCAGAAAAGGGUGAGGAUAGUGAUUGAACAGAGCUUUGGUAACUUGGGUGCUGCCAAGCGAAGAAAUGUUCUUAGCUGUUAAACGUUUAAUGAAAGAAGCGGCAGAAUUGAAAGAUCCAACAGAUCAUUAUCAUGCACAACCUUUGGAGGAUAAUCUUUUUGAAUGGCACUUCACAGUUAGAGGGCCCCCAGAUUCUGAUUUUGAUGGAGGAGUUUAUCAUGGACGAAUAGUACUACCACCAGAGUAUCCCAUGAAACCACCAAGCAUUAUUCUUCUAACGGCUAAUGGACGAUUUGAAGUAGGCAAGAAAAUCUGUUUGAGCAUCUCAGGACAUCAUCCUGAAACUUGGCAGCCUUCAUGGAGUAUAAGAACAGCAUUGUUAGCCAUCAUUGGGUUUAUGCCAACAAAAGGAGAAGGAGCCAUAGGUUCUCUAGAUUACACACCUGAGGAAAGAAGAGCACUUGCCAAAAAAUCACAAGAUUUCUGUUGUGAGGCAUGUGGCUGCACCAUGAAGGAUGUCCUGCUGCCUUUAAAAUCUGGAAGUGAUUCAAGCAAGGCUGACCAAGAAGCCAAGGAACUGGCUAGACAAAUCAGUUUUAAGGCAGAAGUCAAUUCAUCUGGAAAGACUAUUGCUGAGUCGGACUUAAACCACCCUUUUUCACUAAAUGAUUUACAGGACAAUAUGCCUACCACAUUCCAGGGUGCUACAGCAAGUACAUCGUAUGCAGUCCAGAACCCCUCAGGAGAAUCCCUUCAACCACCUGCCCCACCUGUAGCUAAGAAUACCUCCAUGAGUCCUCGACAGCGCAGGGCCCAGCAGCAGAGUCAAAGAAGGUCGUCCAGUUCACCAGAUGUCAUCCAGGGCCUGCAGCCCAGAGACAACCACACUGAUCAUGGCGGAUCUGCUGUACUGAUUGUCAUCUUGACUUUGGCACUGGCAGCGCUUAUAUUCCGACGAAUAUAUCUAGCCAAUGAGUACAUAUUUGAUUUUGAGUUGUAAUACUGUUUUGUGUCUUAAGAGCUGUGACUCAACUGCUUCAUUAAACAUUCUUCAUUGGGUAUAGUCUAAGAAUUGUUUACAAAAAUUUUAUUUUGUAUUUACCCUGCAUUCCUUUUUUUUAAUCCUUAUAAAUUCAGUAAAACUAUAGCUAGUCAUUCAGACUGUGUCCUGCUUAGUUUAAGGGACUGGAAGUGAAGUCCCUUGUCUCAUUAUAUAGCCUGCUUUACAGGGAAAUAAUAUGUUAUUUCUCAUGCUUCAGCUUCUUUUUAUGUAAAUUUGUGAUAGUUUCUGUAUAGCCCUUUUAAAUUUUUGGAUAAAAGAUGGUGUUUUUAAGUUCCAAUGAGUAUUAGUAGUUAAUAUAAUUUAUUCAGUACUCUGUUUCUACUUAUAUCGAAUGAUAGAGGGAUAAGAGUUAAAAAGGCAAA